GUCUGCUCGAAUCAGUUCUCUUCAGACCAAGCAAAAUGAUCAAGUUAAAUUUCGUGCUGUAUUUAUCGUUAUUGUGCGGUUUUUGCGUCAGCAUCCCAGGUGGAGUCACUCCCAUUACCGAUGAAUCUACAUUAACUGAACUUCGAAACAAGUUUACAAUACAUUUGAAAAAAUUGAACGCUCAAGAAAACGGUGCACAACUUGAAUUCGUUAAACUUCAUCAAGCUACAGUGCAAGUGAUUGCAGGUUUGCUGUACAAAAUGAAUGUCGAACUCAAUGAAAACAACAUAAAUGUCAACUGUGCUGCGUCACUUUUGGAGCAACAAUGGACCAAUUUUGUUGAAUUUGACGUUGAGUGUGGUAGUGAUGAUGAGCGGAAGCGCAAAUAUGGAUGGAGUUCUGAUCAAACCGAAACAACAAUUGAACAGUUAUUGAAAACAGGCGGCUUCAGUCCACUCAACAAGAAAUCCCUUGCAGGAUUGCACCCAAAACUUACGCACUCAUUCAUCGAAUUGGGUAAAAUUCACAAAGAAUUCGAUUUGACGGUGAAACGUAUCUUGAGCGGCAAGAGCCAAGUUGUAGCUGGAACACGAUAUAUGAUUGCCGUUGAAGCUGCAAAUCCAAACAAUGAAGUGAUAACAUGCGAAGCUGAUAUUUGGGAAAAAACCUGGGAAAACUUCUUCCAAAUCAAACUGACGUGCCAGGGUAAAAGCUACGAAAUCAUAUUCAACUAAAACACCAAUAAACCUUUGAAAUCGUGUGAAUUUAAUCGAUUGUAAUCGAAUUUAAUGAUUAAUAAAUCUAAAUAAUCGAUUGAAUUGAAAAUGUUUGAAUAAAAGACAUUUUUUAUUACGCGUA